AUGGAGAUGGCUGAGAUUAAGAGUAAAGGAUUGCCUUUCUUUUGGUCUAAUAAGGCUCAUGUUGGGUCUAUGACCUGCACCAGGAUUGAUAGAGGCCUGGUUAAUCAAGCGUGGAUUGAUCAAUAUGGGCAUGUUGAGGAUAUUUAUUUACCUCCUUCUCUUUCUGAUCAUACCCCUCUUCUUUUUGAGGUAUUUCCUUAUUUUCCUGGUAAAGCUAGAACAUUCAGAUUCUUGAAUUGUCUUACCUCUCAUAAAAAAAUUAAUUCUUCUGUUCAAGCUGGUUGGCAGACAAUUUAUUCUAGUGGGGCUAUGAAGUGCAUAUGGACUAAGCUGAAAUUGGUCAAGGAGCAGAUGAAAAAGUUAAAUACUGAACAUUUUAGCAAUAUCGAUUCAAGGAUUAAUAAUGCUCAUAAUUAUCUUCUUACAGUUCAGAAUUUUCUUGCUAGUAACUAUGAUCCUUUCUUGAUUCUUGAGGAAGCUGAGUGUAUUCAGAAGAUCAAGUAUUGGGGGAAUAUACAGGAGAAUAUUUAUAAGAAAAAAUCAAGGAGUCAGGUGCUUUUAAAGAAGCAUGAUGAGAUUAAACAAGAGAUUACUGGGUUUUAUAAGAAUCUUAUGAGGUAUAGGGCCCCUUCUCUGCCUGCAGUUGAUCUUGUUACUUUGAGAAAAGGGAAGCAGCUUUCUAAGGAGUCUCAACAAACUCUAAUAGCUCCUAUUACUACAGCUGAGAUUGAUACAACUUUAAAAGGAAUUGACACAUCAAAAGCUCCUGGAAUUGAUAGAUUUAACUCCUUUUUUCAGAAAGCUUGGCAUAUUGUGAAAUAUGAUGUGUAUGCUGCUAUUCUGGAGUUCUUUGAUACUGCUAGGCUAGCUAGGGUUGUUGGAGAGGUGGUGGAUGAUGCUAAAGCUGGUUUCAUUCCUAGGAAACAUAUUUGUGACAAUAUUUUUCUUGCUACUGAGCUCAUUAAAGGGUAUACUAAUAAGUUUAUCACCUCUAGAUGUAUGGUCAAGGUGGACCAUAAAAAGGCAUAUGACUCUAUUGAAUGGAGUUAUCUCAGGAAGGAUUUCUCUAAGUUCUUUGAGGAUUCUGGUUUGUCUCCAAACUUGGACAAGAGUGAAGCUUAUUUUGAUGGGGUUUCUUCUGAUGAUUAG